AUGGAGCCUACUAAUGAAACAAAUUUACCCUUUCAAUAUUAUCCUUUUUACCUGUUGUUUAAAGAAAGUUUGAUAGACAAAACUAUUCUAUAUGGCUCAGAGGACAAUAAUAUCGGUUAUACCCCUUUUGAUUUUAAAGACAGGCACCCUUCAUUUAGGGAAGAUGAACAUCCUUCAUCCACAAAUGUCUUGACAGAUAAAGCUUAUCCACUUGGUCUUAAAAAUACUAACACCGAUGCUCAACCAUUUUUUGAUUCAGAAAAUGCGAAUGUUAUAGAUAGUCAUGAAGAAAGUGUGAAUAUUGAUCAUAAUGAUAUAGAUGAUAAUACAGAAGAUGAGUUAGAUGAGUUAAAAUUAUUCAAGGAUAAGCUAUUUGAUACGUGGGAAAUUGCAGAAUCUUAUCUUGAUCAGUAUGGAAAACAAGAAGGAUUUUCUUUACACAAACACUGUCGUGUUGCUGAUUCUAAAGAUAAUAGCAUAACACAUCGUCACACUUAUGAAUAUUCACACGGACAUAUACAUGAAGCUGAUAAGACUGUUUUAGCGGAAAAUAGAAGAGAUAGGGAAUUAGAGAUAAUUGAUUGCCCUUGGCAUAUUAAUUUAUCCUUUUCUAAAAUAGGCAAUAGUGUUCAAAUAAAUUCUAUCAUUGGUAAAUAUAACCACCUAAUGAAUCCACUUAUUGCAGAAACUGCACCAAAAUUUUGUUACUUAACAGAUGAGAUGUAUGAAAAAAUCAAGUUCUGGGCAGUUGAAGGGAGAUUGGGUGCAACAACGCAGUAUAAUCUACUUGCUGCAUCAUUUCCUGAAAAAAAAAUUAACAAAAAGAAUCUGAGUAAUACCAUACAACAUUAUAAGAAAUAG